AUGCAGUCAGUCCGGCAAAUCGAGCGCCUCAACCAAGUCGAACUCGACAAGUGUGUGCCCCCAAACGCAUCCUGGCACACCGACUACCGCGACACAGCCUACAUCUACAUCGGCGGCCUGCCCUUCGAGCUCAGCGAAGGCGACGUGCUGACGAUCUUCAGCCAAUAUGGAAACCCAGUACACAUCAACCUGGUGCGGGACAAAGAGACCGGCAAGAGCAAAGGGUUCUGUUUCUUGAAGUACGAGGACCAGAGGAGUUGCGAUUUGGCUGUGGAUAAUUUGAGCGGGGCGGGGGUGAUGGGUCGCGUGCUCAGUGUUGAUCAUACGAGUUAUAAGAAAAAGGAGGGGGAGGUUGAGGGGAUUGGAGACGAGCAGGUGGAGGAUGCGGCGGGGGAUGAUACGGAUCGGGAGGGGGAUGAGAGGAGGAAGAGGAGAAAGACGGAGAGUGAGAGCGAAGAAGAGGAGAGGCCGAUGAUCAAAGAGGAGAUUGAGCUUGCGAAGCUGUCGAGGGAGCAUGAUUAUGAUGAUCCCAUGAAGGAGUAUCUGGUCAAGGAGAAGCGGACAGAGAACGUCGACACAAGCACCACCAUCGUUCUCGCAGAGAUGGCGAUCGUGACGGGGAUGGAGAUCGCAAAGAAGAUCGCCAUCGUUCGAGGAGAGAGCGUGGAUCAGACGACGAGGGAAGGCACAAGUCGCAUCGUUCGCGACGAGAUGACCGAGACGAGGACCGCCAUCGAUCAAGACGAGACCGUUCACGAGCUCCUGGUGACUCUGAAGAUGAUCGAGAGCGCCGGAAGGAUAGAUCUAAACCGGACGAACGCGACCCAGACGAUGAGAGACGAGACAGACGUGAUCGAGAGGAGAGGACAAGAAAGCGUGACGAUCGCUCCCUUUCAAGAGAACCAUACAGGCGCCGAUAGCAUUCUAGGUAUCUCAACACAAAAGCGACUGGAUCCGAUACUAAACCAUCCCAACAAACCCAUACGAGAACAGGCCCUAAUCAACUUAUCGUGUCGCAUGGUCCACCAACUCCUAUCCGAGAAACCCCUUCAAUCCCUCAGAAAACCGUAA